UUCCAAAAUACAUCAAACGGAUGCAGCUAGUAGCUACAAAUAUAUAAUUAAGACCAGCUUCAUAUAUGGCUGCUUCUACUUCUGCAGAUGCUGCUGUUUCUGCUGCUAGUAGCACAGCUACUACUAAUACUACCACCACAGCAAAUGUUUUUGAUUUUGGCAAGUACCAUACGGAGCAACCUAAGAAUGUGGAACCAUAUUGUUGCCUCAAGAAGUCUACACUUGCUAAUCCACCCCCAAAGCCGCUUUUGGUUGCCAUGCCAAGUGAAGCUGGAGAAUACCCACUGCUGCUACUCCUUCAUGGUUACCUUCUCCGCAACUCAUUUUAUUCUCAGCUCAUCCGACAUAUCGCCUCCCAUGGAUUCAUUGUUGUUGCCCCUCAGCUAUACUGCCUGACUGGAUUAGAUGCAUCUGUUGACAUAAAGUCCACAGCAGAAACAAUAAAAUGGUUAUCCGGGGGCGGACUCCAAGACGUGCUUCCAGCAAAUGUCCAACCAGAUUUAAAAAAGCUAGGACUUGCUGGCCAUAGCCGUGGAGGCAAGGCAGCUUUUGCACUUGCGCUUGGAAAAGUAGAAACUUCUGCUCUGAAGCUCUCUGCCUUAAUAGGCAUUGACCCGGUUGAUGGGAAAAGAGAAGGGAUGCAAAUCAAUCCACCAGUACUCACCUAUAGUCCUCAUUCAUUUGAGCUUGGUCAUAUGCCUGUAAUGGUUAUUGGAACGGGCUUGGGUGAAGUACAAAGCGGUAUAUUUUGUGCAUGUGCUCCCAAGGGUGUUAACCAUGAGGAGUUCUACAAGGAAUGCCAAGCGCCGGCUUGUCAUUUUGUGGCCAAGGACUACGGCCACCUUGACAUGCUAGAUGACGAGACCAAGGGGCUUCUAGGGACUUUUACAUAUUGCAGCUGUAAAAGUGGGAAGUCUAGGGAGCCCAUGAGGAGGUUUGUUGGAGGAAUUGUGGUUGCAUUCAUGAAAGCUCAUCUGCUUGGUGAUGAUAGUGACUUAAUGGCUGUAAUAAACGGGACCGAGACUGCACCAGUGGAUCUCACGAUUGAAUUUGAUAUCUAGUGAAACCUCUAAAAUGCAGGGUCGAUUAAUGGAUGCAGAAUAAAUUGAGUUCAGCUGUGUGGUGUCAUGCGUGUGAAGGCAGGCCAGAGCAUGACACAGGCUGGCAAUGUGGACGUCGGAGCUUGCUGUUUGUUGCACGAAGACGACUUGCAUUAGGAAAAAAGG